AGAGAGAGAGAACAGAAAACAGCUUCCUUUCUCUUUCUCUUUCUCUUUCUCUUCCUCUCAGUGGGUUGCGUUCAAUUGGGUUUGGUGGCUGUAACUAAUACUAUCCUCUUCUGGUUCGUUCAGCUUUACCAUAGAUCAAUCAUGGAUUCUGUAUUUGAUACAGAGGCUCAAAACGGGGUCUUAGAUAAUUCAGCAGAUGUUGAGCUUAGAUUAAAUCAUGAUGGUGCAAUUCUAGCAACUUGUGUUGUCGAGGAGGGUUCCAGUCUUGGGCAAAUUGAGCAAGUGGGUCAAAAUUCUUCAAGAGUGGAACAAAAUGCAGUUGAAGGAGACGAACCAUAUCUGGGCCAGGAAUUCGACUCAGAAGCAGCUGCACAUGCAUUUUAUAAUGCAUAUGCACUGAGAAUAGGUUUCAGAACACGUGUGAACGAUCUAUCUCGUUCUAGGGUCGAUGGCUCCAUCAUUGCUCGAACGCUAGUUUGUAACAAAGAGGGUUACCGAGUGGCUGAUAAGCGUGAGAGAAUGAGUGUGAGACCUCGACCCCCCACUAGGGUUGGUUGCAAGGCAAUGAUUUCAGUUAAGAAACUGAGUAUUGGAAAGUGGGUAGUUGCAAAGUUUGUCAAGGAGCAUACCCAUACACUGUCUCCAGGGAAGGGUAAAAAAGGAUCGAAUGAUCCAUCUACUACGGAUGAACAGAUGAAAAUCAAAGAAUUAACUCAACAACUGCUGGUUGAGAGAAAGCGGUCUGCUUCAUAUAGAAAAAUCAUAGACCUCCUGUUCAAUCACAUUGAAGAGCACACUCAAAACCUGUCGCAAAAGAUCCAGCGCAUAACUGAUAAUCUCCAAGAAAUUGUGUCAUCCGAGGGAAAGGGAAAAGACCGUCGAAAUGCCCCCUAGUCUGCGUUUCGUUUUGUAAUGUAAAUGUGAAAUCUGUAAAUUGAAUUUUCACACUUUGCCUUCUCAAUCUAUUUUCAAGUCAUGUUACCGACCUAUCAGUUGAUAUGAUGGUGUGUAUUUCCUUUCCCGUUUCCUUUUCUAUAUGGGAUGGAUGGCUGUUGAUCAAAAUAAAUUUUUUGUUCAAUUAUUCAAUAGAAUCGAAUUAACAUUUACCUGUUAAUUUAGGAUUAAUCGUUUCGUUCCCUAUAAUUAUUGGUUUGUAUUUGUAUAAGGGGGAUGAGUAGAAUAACUAUAAGAGAUGUGAUUCUCAGAGCAGUUGGCUGCCAAUGCCAUGUUCGAGAGAAUAGAACAGUUCGUAUCAACAAAAACACCCGACCCAGUUCCCUUAGAAAGCCCGACCCGUGGAUAAUAUUGAUUACAUUAUUAUUACCAAGACUGAAAUCCCAAAAGCCUCUUCCCUUUCGCUGGGACUGAGCUUCUCGCUUUGAAACAAACAUGGAGUUCCCGCGGAUCUGACCCGCCGGCAUUUCGGGCUUCAGAAAAAUCAAAUGACUCAUGGAUUCUGAACUUGAUAAAAAUAUUAAUGAUGGGGUGUUAAAUGAUUCAAGUGAUGCCGAGCUAAGCAUUCUAACGAUGGUGCAUUGGUAGGAAGCUUUGUUGAAGUUGAAGAGAUGUCUCAUCUUGGACAAGGACAAGAUGAUGAAGUUACUCAGAAUCCUUGUAAAGAUGGAUCAAGUGUAGUGGUCGAAGCAGAUGAGCCGUAUGUGGGUCAGGAAUUUGAUACAGAAGAAACUGCACAAGCAUUUUAUAAUGCAUAUGGCAUGCGUGUGGGUUUCAUGACUCGUAUGAACUACCUGGCUCGAUCCAAACAUGAUGGAACCAUCAUUGGCCGGACUUUUGUAUGCAACAAGGAGGGUUACCGGAAGCCUGAUAGGCGCGAUAAGACUACCAUAAAGCCUCGGGCUCCCACUAGGGUAGGUUGUAAGGCCAUGCUAUUGAUAAAGAAAAUUAGUAUUGGGAAAUGGGUUGUUACAAGGUUCAUGAAGGAGCACACUCAUGCAUUGACUGCCACUGCCAACAAAGGUCAAAAAGGAUUGAUUGCUGAUCAAGUACCGGAUGGUAAGAGAAAGAUUGAAGAAUUAACUCGCGAGCUGUUCCUUGAGAGAAAGCGGUCUGCUUCACUUAGAGAAAUAGUUGAUCUUCUAUUUGAUCACAUUGAGGAACAUUCGCAAGACCUGUCAAAGAAAGUUCAGUAUGUUGUCGGCAAGGUAAAGGAGAUUGAAUCGGAAGGGAAAAAGCGCUAUAACCUCAGAUAGUCCUAGCAUCCUAAACCUGUAUACAGUCACAUUAGCUUUAUAAUUUUAUUUUGUUUUACUGAACAAGUAUUACUUUGCAUUGCAAUGAUAAAUAUGAGUCUAGUUGGAGGGAGAUUCUCCAGUAA